AGAGUUGUGCAGUUGAGUGGCUAACUAUACGCAAUCCGUCAUGGCCGUCUUCAUGAUUAACAUCUGUAAAUUCAACGGCUGUGGCAUAACGUUUCCACGUCUAGCAGACCUGAUUGAGCAUAUCGAAGAUGUUCAUAUUGACUAUGAUCCCGCAGUUGUGGAGCAGAAAGAAGCUUCGCAACCGGCGUGCAUUCCAUUAAGUUACGUUUUGAAAUUUUUCACGGAAGCGUCGAGGCGGGAAGCGCUCAUUGCUCCGGCCACAGAUGUUCGCAAGCGGUUGCUUCCACCACCAAAACCGCCAUCAGUGCGCAGUAGUACUCCUACAGGUAGUGAAAUGGAUGAUGAGGAGGUGAUGAGCCACUCCGAGGACAGCAACGAUUCGUGGACCAACGUCGCGGAAUACAGCUCGGAUUAUAUACUGCAGUAUGGUGUUAAGAUGAACGCUAGCGCGAGCUCCGGAGCUCUGGGCGCUGCUGCCCAAGAGAAACCGUUUGCCUGUCCGGUGCCCGGCUGCAAGAAGCGAUACAAGAACGUCAACGGUAUCAAAUACCACUCCAAGAACGGUCACAAGAAGGAUGGGAAGGUAAGAAAGGCGUACAGAUGCCAAUGCGGCAAAAGCUAUAAAACAGCGCAAGGACUGAAGAGUCACUCUGUGAUGCAUCACGUGACCAGCGUGCACGCGGCGACUGUCUCGGCCGCACCAGAGAAAACUCCCAUCAAGAUGCCCGGCCUGGUCGUCACGGCUUCACCGGCCCAGAGACAACUCAACGUCAUAGACAACAUAGAUGCUAAUAAGUUAGUCCGUAUAUACGAUAGCAUUAAAACGAAGGAUCUCCCGACAUUCACAAUACCGAAACACAGCCUCAGUAAUAUAAACAUAAUAACAGCCAACCAGAGCCAGGUGCGUCAUUCAGUCGUGCUCACUACCAACGCCGCGCCCGGCAGCACUCCUUUGGAUAGGUAUAAGUUUGACAGAUCGCCGAAAGUGACAGUGACAGUGCAGGAUUCCGCUUAUGUCACUGAAAUGUCAAAUGCUAAGCAACCACGAGGCUAAGGUAUAAGAGUAUGCAAUCCGUUCCUAUAUCAAACGAAAAAUUUAGUCAUUGACUCCUCAAUGAGCUGAUCCUAGUCUUGCAUUCAUAAUUUAUUAUAUAUAAAUAUAUUUAUUGUUUAUUAUAAUAUGUACAUAUCUUUCUUUGUUAACCUGAACAGGCAGAAGUUUAUAAUAACAUGGGUAAUUUAAGUAAAGCAUAAAAAAAUUCAAUUCAAUAUUUAAAUUUUUUGUAUGAUAUAGUUACCUUCGUAGUGCUAUAUGAUAUCAUAUUAAUGUAUGUUUUUUAUUUUUGUUAGAAGAUUUUUUUUUUGUUGAAAAAAAAACCCUUUUUGUUAUAUUAAUUUAUGUUUUUUUUUGCUGUGAUUAAUUAUUAUUGUUAACUGUUUAUUUACCUAUUUCACUGGUAAACUCUUUAAGUAAAUAUUUAUAAAUAUUAGCUUAAUUUGUGUGAUACUUAGUAUUUUAAUGAAAAAAAAAUAUGAAAUAUUUUAUAUUUAGGAUAAGAAUGGCAUGAAAUAUUAUAUUCAAGCGUAUUGAAGCUGUAUUAAAAUAUAAUUACCUAUAUUUAUUAAGUACAUACUUGCACAUUACGGUAGAUAUAGGUACUUAAAUUUUACUUGGUGUUACCAUCUUAAUGUAAUCAUAACGUAUAAAAAUAACAAAAAAAUAUCCUACGUAUUAUAGUAAUUGUUAGCGUCAUUCGUAAAAAAUAUUAAAAAAACCUAAAAAAUAACUUCUAUGCGAUUAUGUAUGUCUUCGCUAUAUAGUUACAUAGUAACUUUCUUCAUCGAUGUUUAAAAAGCCAAAAAUGCCAUUAAUUUUCACUAGGCUAAUGAAUUAUACUCUUAAAUGUGAUAAUAAUUAUAGAAAAAAAAAAACAAAUAAAAAAAGCUUGUAUGUGUAUA